AUUUUACCUGGAAUUCGAAACUGAGAAAUUUUGGCAGAAGCUUUUUUCCCGCGCUCUGGAGCUCUGUUAAUUUCCUAAUCAAUGGCGCCUAAAGCAGAUAGCACUGAAGGAAUCGUGCUCAAUUUCGUGAACGAGCAAAAUAGACCAUUGAAUGUCCAAAAUGCGGCAGAUGCACUGCAAAAGUUUAACCUAAAAAAAGCUGCAGUUCAAAAAGCCCUGGAUAAUCUCUGUGACAGUGGUAAGAUAUCAUUUAAAGAGUAUGGCAAGCAGAAAAUUUACCUGGCUCGGCAAGAUCAGUUUGACAUCCCAGACAGUGAAGAGCUUAAUAGAAUGAAAGAGGAAAAUUCCAAUCUACAAGAGAAGUUGAAUGAACAGAAGAAAGCCAUUAGUGAGGUUGAAGCAGAGAUGAAGUCUCUGCAGUCAAAUUUGACUCUGGAAGAGAUACACGCUAAAGAAUCCAAACUGAGAAACGAGGUUGAUGAGAUGGAAAAGAAACUAAUUAAAUUGCGGGAAGGUGUUACUCUUGUAAGUCCAGAAGAAAGAAAAGCCAUUGAGGGGUUGUAUUUGGAAGCCUUAAAUCAGUGGAGAAGGCGAAAAAGGAUGUUCAGAGAUGUAUGGGAUGCCAUAACUGAGAACUCACCCAAAAAUCCCAAAGAGUUUAAGGAGGAACUUGGAGUUGAAUAUGAUGAGGAUGUUGGUGUGAAUUUUCAGUCUUUUGCUGACCUGAUGCAACACGGCAAGAAGCGUCGCUAGACGCUAGUGAUUAUAUUUACCUGUUACAUUUUACUGCAGGAAUAUACUUGAUCAGGUGUUCUAUCAGUAUAUAUUUGUAGACUUUGGAAUUGUGUUAUCUUGACAUUUUGUAAUGUUAAUCUGCUUUUCU